AUGGCAUUUACCCACGAACCUGGGUGGAUUGCGAGUGGUGGUGAUGCAAAACGACCUGUCUUCAGCUCGUCGAAAACAUCUGAUCGAUUGCGAGAAAGCGGAUACAAACCACGUUUCGGCUCGAAGAUACAGUCACGAAGACAAUCGGUGUUCAGAGAAGAAGGUCUGGAAGACUUGGACACUACCAUACACCCCUCUCAUCCGGCACAUGAAUCACAAAAGUCGGAUUCGGAAACUUCUCCCACACAAGACACGAAGGAACUAAAGGCAUCAUCAGAUACCACGCGCACCAGUACAGAUACAAAGAACAGCUCAGACAUGACGAGGGCUAGCAUAGAUGCUUCCCGAUGGUAUUCAAAGUUUUACAAAUCUAGACCUACAGUUAAAGGUUCUUCAACAGCGCCGCCAGGCCCGCUAUCAUCGCUUCCUCGAGUAGCUUUAAUCACCUUCCUGAUCGCCAUCGUCGUCCCCGGUUUUAGAUACAGUUCUGGAAAUGGACAGGCGAUGAUGGGAGGAGCAGACGCUGGCGUGAUUCGAACAGGAGAGUUGGUGGACAAUGGAAGCGUUAUUGAAGGGCGCGCCAAUAGUCCCACAGACGUGUGCAGGAGAUGGGCACAUCAAAGUGCAAAUGUAAAUGGUACUCUGUAUAUCUAUGGAGGUCAGACAAAAACGUCUUCUGGUCAGACGACCAACACUUGGAACAAUAACCUCGUAGCUUUGGAUCUCACCAAAUCUUGGGACAAAGCUUCUCCAGCAUUGACUGGCCUUCCACAGCCAUCUGGUCCCCCGGCCGUGGCCAUGGGCGCCCUCUGGAACUCGUACAAUUCUCUAUUUGUAUAUGGAGGCUAUUUUUCAGACAGUCCACCGGUAGAACCACUACCGCUCUCGAUAUGGGAAUACAAUAUUAAGUCUUCAAAAUGGAUCGAGCAUACCAACCCUUCCACUUCCGCUGGAAACUAUUCUGAGCCUGAAGGCCAGCCUAUCCAAAGAUCGGCUGAGGGGGCUGGUUUGAGCGUGCCCGAAAUUGGUAGAAGUUGGUAUUUUGGGGGCCAUCUUGAUAUGUUCACCACUCCCGGAUGGUCAAACCAAAUUUAUAGAGUUUACCUGAGAAGUUUUCUCGAAUUCACACACCCUGGCUAUGCCAACACUGGAAUUGAUGCUUUAGGAACCACCAAAGCUGCCGGUGUGGAUGGGGUGUAUCGAAAUAUCACUGAUGGUGGACUACAAGAUACCGCCGGCUUUACCGAGCGCGCUGAUGGAGUAUUGGUUUAUGUUCCUGGCUGGGGAGAAGAGGGUAUCCUUCUAGGACUCGCUGGUGGUACAAACGUCACCUUUACAGAUAUGAACGUGAUAGAUGUCUACGAUAUUGCUAAUAGCACAUGGUAUAAACAGUCAACUUCUGGAACUUCUCCCCCGAUUCGCGUCAACCCUUGUGCUGUAGUUGCGGCAGCACCAGAUGGUACGAGCUUUAACGUAUAUCUCUAUGGUGGUCAAAACCUCAUACCCGCGGGCGAACAAAUCCAAUAUGAUGACAUGUAUAUACUCACUGUUCCGUCCUUCACUUGGAUUAAGGUCGACCAAGAUGGCCAGUCAAAGCCACCCGCUCGCGCUGGACAUACAUGUACAUUGUGGGACAGCCAAAUGGUCGUUGUUGGCGGAUACGUGGGACAAGAUAUCUCAUGUGAUAGCCCGGGGAUGUACGUAUUCAACACCAGCUCUUUACAAUGGACCAACAGCUUCACAUCUCUUUCUGGUGGUGCCGGUGGAGCUGGUGGAGCAAGCUCGGACAACGACGAGAGUAGGAAAUCUUCUGUAUUUGAAGGAUCUUUCGGAUAUCAAGUUCCGGGGGCAGUUCAGUCGGUCAUUGGUGGAGGGUCUACGGGAGGAGCGACGGCGACACAGCCCGCUGCUGGUUCUGCAGUAAGCGGCCCAAUUGCCACCGGAAAACCUCCAACCUUCACUGUAACUCAAUCCGGGUCAACAGUCACCUCAACGUCAGGUCCAACUGGUGGCGCAAACCCAGUGACUGGCGAAUCUCGCUCCGGAUCGAAGACGAAUAUUGGAGCUAUUGCUGCAGGUGUAGCGGCGGCUGUGCUUGCGGCUUUAGCAGCCUACCUCGCGUUCUGUACUUGGCUUUACCGCAAACAACUCAACAUCUACAAAGAUCACGUUGCAAUGGGUCAAAGACGCAACCUUAGUCCAGUCCCGUGGGGAGCUGCUGCUGGUUUAAAACCACAGAGCGAGAAAACUGGCGCAGCUAUGAUUGGACCAUUCGGAACAGAUAUCAGCAACAGCGGGUCGAACAGUGCUGGUCGUCCAUCUGUGGGUUCAAGUCACAAUACAGGCCCAGCGUAUUCGUCCAAACGAGGAUCGUCAUCUAAUCGCACGCCUUCCAGCAACGGACCUCCUGACCCUGCUGCUGUAUUUGGAGGUGGAGUAAUGCCGGGUGGUGGAAUAGCUGGUAAAGGGUAUGCGAUGGGCGCAGAGCCGUAUGUUCGGCUCAGUGAAGAUCAAGAAUUCCUCAACACACAGCAUAGUGGAGCGCAAACACCAUAUGGUCGUCCAAGCGGAUCGACAGCUCACUCUUCGAAUGAGGACCUGCUUGGUGGGUUGGAACCUAGUUUUUUUAGUGUGGUGUUGAACCCGAGGAGAACACUGAAGGUUGUGAAUAGUGAUUAA